AUGUACCCUUGUAAAGACAGCAUAACUUGCACACCAAUACAGUUAGAUCUAAAAGUUGGAAAAUAUUAUUUUGAAGUGUAUGGUGCGGCUGGCGGAAAUGAUAACUACGCCUAUUAUGAUGCUUAUGGAGGAUAUGCCGCACUUCAAGUUUCAUUGCUUAAAGAAAUACCUUUAUUUUUAUAUAUAGGAGGUAAAGGAGGAAUGUGGCCAGCUAUACAUGAGGAUGCCUUUAAUGGCGGCGGUUGGGGCGGUUCUAAAAAUUCCGGCGGCGGGGCCACUGACUUUCGAUCUAAAUUAGAUGAGCUCAAUUCUAGAUUUUUGAUAGCGGGCGGUGGAGGAGGAGCAGAAUAUGGAAUUGGUGAAUCAUUUGGCGGCGGAUUGAUAGGUGGUAAUAGGCACUAUACUCCAUAUUCCGGUGCCAAUCAAACGCAUCCUGGAACUUAUCGAGAAGGUGAUACAAUAUAUUCUGGAAGUUUUGGCUCCGGUUUCUCUCAAAAAAACUUAGAAAUUAGAACCUAUCCAGGUGGUGGUGGAGGCCUCUACGGUGGGAGUACUGCAGCUGGUGGAUCUGGUUUUGUUUAUACUGAAGGCAGAUUGACCACUGAAAUUAUGGCUUUACCCCCCUCAAUAAAAGUCGAUAAUCCUGAAAUUGGUUAUUCACGCAAUACAGGAUACGGAUAUGCUAUCAUUACAUCAUUGUCUCAAUCUGAAUGCAAGUGUGUGCAAAAAUGCUUUUGUUCAAAUGAACGUUUGCUUUUAAGGAAUGUUCAAGCAGUUCCUUUCAUGUAUAGUUAUUUGUUUAAAUCUUAA